AUGGCGUGGGAUCCUUCUUCCAUGAUCGUCGUGCCACUGGCUUUACUGGCAAUCUUUGCAGCCAUCCCUCUAAUAGUUGUGCAACUACGCGCUAAGAACCUUGCAGCUUCGGUCCUCCUUGUUGGGAUCACCAUCCUGAACAUCCAAAACGUCGUCAACGCGGUGAUAUGGUCGUCCGACAACCCUGAAGACUGGUGGGAUGGGAAAAUACUGUGUGAUAUUGAAGUCAAACUCUACAUUGGGAUAUCUCAAGCCGCUGCUGGUGCCAUCGCGAGCAUGUUCCGACAGAUUUCGAUAAUCCUCGACCCGGACCGCAUGACCGCUACCCCUUGUCCGCAAGAUCUCAGGACUACUCGCACGAUAGAGCUUCUGCUUUGCAUUCUACUGCCUAUACUCGUCAUGGUUGGCCACUACUUGGUUCAAAGAGAAAGAUAUUGGCUCAGAACGGUGGCGGGCUGUGUGCCGUCCUACGACAACAACUGGGUGGCCCCUUUUGUCAGUUACGGCUGGCCAAUGGUUGUCUGUGUCAUCGGAAGCAUCUACUGCCUGAUCUCGGUCAUUCGCUUCUCGCGGCAUCGCAAACAGGUUUCGGCCCUGCUCUCGCACACCCCUGGCGCCACGGCCUCCCGAUUUUUCCGGCUGUUCGCACUUGCGUUCGCCCUCCUGGCGAUGCAUUGUCCGCUGGCCAUAUUUGCCUUUGUGCAAAAUGUUCGUGUGCCAAUGCACAAGUAUUCCUGGUCAUACAUCCAUCCCUCCGACUGGUCGGAGAGAAUCAUCCUACAGCCGGAUCCCAACCCGAAAGCAGCAUCGCAGGCAUUUACCUUUGACCGUUGGGCACAAGUCGUCACGGCAUAUAUCUCAUUCGUGUGCUUCGGAUUAGGUCAGGAUGCGAUCCGGAUGUACAAGCGGUGGGCUGAAAGAGCGAGGGCCGUCCUAUGUGGAGGGUCCAAAAGAGAUGUCGGCACAACCCAUCAUUCACCUCGCCACAGCCCUUUGAUUGGAGAUGAGGUAAAUGUCACAUUCGUUGUGGAGGAAAUUCAUCUAGACAACCACAACCCGGCGGCACACCCAUCAACCUCAGGAACAAACAAUUGA